CGGUCGAUAUACUCUGUGGCUUAUUGCCAUCAAAUUGGUGCUCUCGUUCAAAGAAGAGAAACAUACUCGUAGGUUAACUCCCAAGAACGAGGAUGGUGCAGACAAGGAGCAACGUUCCUACCACCAACCAUGCCUCUGGUGAGGGGAACAGCCAGGGCAACGGUAACGGGAUCGGGGCGAUCACCUCGACUCCUGUUCGGGAUAGGGGUGACUGCGGUGUAGCUCCAGGUUGCCAUCGCAGCCCUCUCUGCCAUUGGCAGGAGCGGGUGUGCGGCACUAGAGCCACCCAGGCCCCGGGAGACCCCAUCACUGAGCAUGUUGCCACUUCCCAACAUAAGGGGAAGAAGACCCGGAGGAGCCGGAGGAGGUCCAACAAGGCCCCGGUGAUUGGGAAGGUGCUGGUGGAGGACAUCCCAGAAGGGGAGGAUGAAGACUCCGGCGAGGGUGGUGUGUCGGCCUUCAAGCAGCCGGGGGUGAGGAAACUCGCGUGUCGGCCUUCGAUAGGCUCAACCAUGGGCACGACGGCCGCCAAGGCGAUUUGCGCUAUCAAAUCUCAGAGGGCAGGCAAAGGCACGCCGAAGAAUCGACCACCUAGGAUGCUCGCUUGGGUAGGCCCGAGCGUGCAGACGGACGUCGGGACGAGCGAACCCAACAUCGCCGAAGCCCCACGAAGACAGAAAAGACGAGACCAAGGCGCUCUACAGCCAACCGAUACUGAGGACGGUAACCCCUUUCACGCCAAGGGUUAUGUCGGUACCGCUUCCAGCAAAUUUCAGGCCGUGGUAGAUCAAAGCCUACAACGGAACGACGGACCCGCAGGACCACCUGUCGAAGUUCUACGCUUCUAUGGAGGCGACAACAGCGCCCGACGAGGUGAAGUGCCAAUGUUUUCUCGCAACGUUGGAGGGCUCAGCAUGCGACUGGUUCAACCGACUUCCGAAGAGAACCAUUGACGAUUGGGAUACCAUGGCGGAGAAGUUCUUGACCCACUUCGUGGCCAACCGCAGGCAGAGGCUACCGUACUCCCACCUCAUC